GGGGUUCAGGGACCAGAUGAUGCUGUCAGAGAGGAGGAUCAGAAACACCGAGCUCUCCAUCCCAUGUGCUUGGCAGAGAAAUAAAGGAUAAUGGGCUCGGAUCCUGUCAUGUGCCGCGAGAAGAAACCUGAAUAACGUCGCCUGGGUACAAAGAAGGACUAUAAUAAUAAUCAGUUUGAUCUUUUCCUGAAAAUGCUUCCCUGCUCUUCAUCCGCGCAGAUGGAGGGAUGCGAGGAGCCGCACAUACACACGGAGUGCACCAGACUGACGGAGGAGAGAGACGAGGCCGAGAGACAACUCAAACACAUCAAGAGAGUGUCUCAGAUGGUGAUUGAGGAGGUGAGCGUUCUGCAGACUCAGCUGGAGAUCGAGAAGUCGUGCCGGGAGAAUGCAGAGGCCCUGGCCACAAAGCUGAACUGUGAGAACAGGAAGUUUAAGUACCUGAGUCUGUCGUCUCGGACCAGUUUGGAGGAGCUCGCUCCCUCCAUCGAGGCCGACAGCGCAGACACCAGCCCCGACAACUUCACCCAGUACCAGCAGCAGAUUAAAGAACUGAGGGAGACGGUGAACAUGUUGUUGGACGAGAAGAAGAAUUUCGUGUGUCAGGUUCAUGAACAGCAGAAACGGAUAGAAGAGCUGACUUCACAGUCAGAGAAGGAUCAGGCGGAGAUGAAGGAGCUUCGUGAAACUGUCGAGCAGCAGCGUAAAACCAUCAAGAGAUUCAACAGAGUCUCCAUGAUGGCGACUCAGGAGUACGACGGGAUGAAGGAGCAGCUCGACCUGGAGCAGAGUCUGAGAGGCAAAGCUGAGACGUACGCACACGAGAUGUUGGUGAAACAGAAGGAGGCGAACAGACAGAGUAUGCUCCUCCUUCAGAGUUCAGAGCCCAGCAUUCAGCUCCUCAAAGCUCUGGAGGACGUCGCUGCCGUCUCCAAAACUCUGGAGCAGGAGCGACUGCAGCAUCAGCAGAAGGUGGACGGUCUGGAGGCCCAGAUGGAGCAGAGCUGUGUGAAGAAGCAGCUGGAGGCUCUUCAGAUGCAGCUGGAGCUCCUGGACGAAGCUAAGAAGGAGGUGGAGGGACGACUGGAGGAAGAGGAGAAGAAGAACGAGGAGCUGGAGAACAGAGUGCACCAGCUCCAGCAGAAGGAGGUUGCCAUGACGACCGUCCCUCCUCCCCCCCCUCCUGACCCCGGGGUCGCCCCUCCUCCCGCCCCCCCGCCACAGCCGCCUCCACCUCCACCUCCUCCCCCUCCUCCCCCGCCGCCACCCCCACCCUCCAGAUGCAACCCCCUCAGCUCUCUGAUCGCCAUCAUGAGGAAAUCCUCCAAAGGCUCCAAAACCUCCGUGAAGACAGAGCAGCCUGCAGAAGGCGAGGGUGACGACGUGAAGGCGAAGGCGGUGAACGAGAUGAUGGAGAGGAUCAAACAUGGCGUCGUCCUGCGGUCCGUCAAGAGUCAGGAGAGCAAGAGAGUAGCAGUAAAACCGCCUCAAAUCAGUGAGGAGAAACCUGAGAAACCUGAGAAACCUGAGAAACCUGAGAAACCUGAGAAACCUAUGAAACCUCAGGAGAGCGCCAUGGAGGAGCUGAAGGGCAUCCUGGAGACGGUGAAGCGGAGCCCCAGUCGAGGCUCCCAGGAUUCGGGUUCGUCCGUUCCGUCGGGGCCGUCUUUGCCUUCAGGGAAGAAGGACAGCGAGCUGGAGGUCAUCCUGAGGCGCAGACGCAACAAGGCAGGGGAGGCCGGCUCCGCAGAUGAGCGUGAGGGUCAGAUGAGCCACGUCGCCUCUCUGGACAGUCUGAACGGGAGGCGAACCAGCAGCGAAUCGGGGAAAGAUACAGAGGUUUCGGGGGGUCUGAGCGUCCCCUCGGACUCUGCCGGUCCCCGGGUCAGUCCGGAGAGACGGGGGUCCGGACCGGGGCCCGCCGUGGUGGCCCGGAGGAAGAGCUCCGAGACUAAAGAGCCCAGAGCCGGGUCCUGGCAGGAGAGGAGGUCCUGCAGCUCGCUGUCUGAAGCUCACGAGAGUCCCACCAGCAACGGCUGCUCCAACAGUGCGGGCGAGGAAGAUCAAACUGCGCCUGAGAAAUGUAUCGAGACGAACGGAGUCGAUCACGCUGAACCCGGACAGGAAGAAGUCCUGAAGGACAACGGCAGCUCCGAGUGUUAG